AUGGCAUGUGCUAAAAAUAACCAAAAUCUAGUUCGACUUCAAAAACUUAACGAUUGUCGCCGAUGUCAGGUGUUUAGCGACUCCUUUAUAAAUUGGUUUGCGAAAACAUCUCGUGGUAAAUUUGAUGGUGGAGAUGUAGCUUGGGAAGAAACAAAACUAAAAUCAUAUGCUCAGAGUGAGAUAAGAUUGGUAGAAAUUCAGGAAAACCUUUGUUCAGAAUUAAGUAGACAUAUGGAUGAAUGUUAUUCAGUUGCUGAAGAAGCAGAAUAUUUAGUGGAGAAAUGGUGGUCAGAAGGAAAAUUUCAAAUAUCAGAAUUUUAUUCUUGGCUCUGUUUGGAAAACCUAAAGUAUUGUUGUCCUAAGCAUCAUUAUGGUGCAGAUUGUACCCCAUGUCCUUUAGAUAAAGAUGGAAAUAUCUGUAGCAAUCAAGGUACGUGUCAUGGAGAUGGCACUCGCAAAGGUAAUGGAACUUGUAUCUGUGAUGCAGGUUAUACUGGUCCAUUUUGUAAUCAAUGUGCUAGUAAUUAUUAUAGUACUAAGGAAACUGAAUGUAUGCCCUGCCAUAAAGCAUGCCAGGAAUGUUUUAGUUAUGGUAGUAAUAAGUGUAAGGUAUGUGCUGUUGGUUGGGAACUAAUAACUGAUAGUUGUACCGAUAUUGAUGAAUGCCAAUUAGAUACUGUGUGUAAAAAUAACCAAUAUUGUAUCAAUAAUGAAGGUUCAUUUUCUUGCAAAUACUGUGAUGCAUCUUGUUUUACUUGCAUUGGUUCUGGUUCCUAUAACUGCACAGCUUGUAGGCCAAAUGAGGAACUAUGGUCUGGUAAAUGUAUAGAUAAAAAAAUUGUGAAUAAUCUCUUAUUAAAUGCAGAUAAAAGAUUAUUUAUGUAUAGUUCCUUAAAUAUUGUUAUGUAUCUAUUAUACCGAAGAACAAAACCUUUAGCAAUUGGUAUUGGUGUUUUAGUUUCAAUUUUAAUAUUUAAAUUAGAAACUGGGACAGAUGUCACUGUUAAGGAUUCAAUCGCAAACCAUAUUGAGACAUGGCUUGAAUGA